UGCGAUUGAUUUUCGCGAGAUAUAACGAAAGCACGUAGCUGAAGUGUGCAACCACCACCACCACCAGAUCGAUCUCUCUCUCUGAGAUGGAGUUCCGCGUCUCCGUCGUCGUUUGCACCCUGCUCCUCACCUUCUCUCUCUUCUCUCAUCACGCUAGGGGUGAGGCUUCUGGUUCCGCUUUCUUCAUCGAUAGCUCCACUCACCGAUUCAUUCGCGAUAGAUCAUCCAACGAUGAGCAUCCUUCAAUGCUGCUUCAGGAAGUUGGUGCUGCUGUGUCAGUCUUGCUUGGUUUUGCACCUCCUUCCACCCUUUCAGCUGCUAGCUCAUCCAAGUUGAAUGAGGUUCUGAUUCCUAAUCCAUUCAAUAGGCCCCGCGCUGUGUUUUUGCUGGAAGUGAAUGGAAUCAAUGUGAAUGCAGGUCUUGAAAAAAUUGUCCAAGAUAAUGCUAUGUUCAGCAGUUCAAUUAGGAGUACAAACAUAAUCGAUUCAGAGAAAGUUAACAUUCAGCUACCAGAUGAAAAUGAGGUUUCUGUGUUUUCUUUGGAUGAGCAAUUGGAAGACAUCACCGACAGAGAAAUAAGUGAUUUUUCAUCCUUGAUAGGUGGAUCGUAUGCUCCUGAUGCACUAGAGCCAUUGAAUGGAGUGCUUACCAUUCCAUUGGCAAAUGGCAACUCAGUGAAUCUCCAUAUGUCAAAGAAAGCAGAAAGGAAUUUUGUUGUAGGUCUUUUGUCUCUCACUCGAAAUGUUAAAAGGGCAAUUCAAAUGCAUGACGAUUUGUCACAGAGUACACAAAAUCCAGCUGAGUUGUUAACAGGAUGCUUUAAUGGCAUUAAGGUUUUCCAAGAGCAAGCUGAAGUUGAAAGUAUUGCUCAGCAUGGAGUUGAACUGCUACUAGCAACUUUGACAAAGUUAUUUGGUUCACUGCAAGAAGCAUACAAAGGUCAAAUUGUUGGAAUUAUCUAUUGUCAAACGACCACUCCUCAAGAGUCAGGCAAGAAGUUCGAUGUGAUCUUUACUCCUCAUCAUACUGCUCGAUGGUUGGAAGAAAUCAAAGCACUGAAUGCUACAGGUCCAGAAGUGGUACUGGUUAGGACAACCCUUGCUUGGAUAACAGGAAUAAUUUUGCUCAUUUCAACUCUUUUAGGGAUAUGUUACCUCAUGAAUAUGCCCCUCACUAGGGACACGCUUCUCUAUUCUAAUGUCAAGCUUGAUUAGGCAAUGGAAGCAUCCUAAGACAAAUCUUCUCAACCAACCAAGGAGAACCCGGCUUCCAUUGAACCGCGAUUGGGGGUUUUUCUCUUGAUGCCUCUAAUCUGUGUGCAUUAUUAUAUUAUUGUUUUUGAAGCCUUAGUUACCGCCAAUUUAUUGUACCCACAAUAUCGUGCAUUGGAAAUUUGUUCAAUCAGGAUUAAGUCGUCUUCACAGUGGGGGAUAUCAUACGUUGAUGUUCAAAUGUUAGGCAUAGAUAUUGUACCCUGUUAUCAGGACUUGCACAUCUUGAUUGUGCCCAGUAAUUUGUUGUGUGACUCUGGUUAGUACAGCUAUUUACAAUAAUGUGUACCCGUGGUUGACAUAUUGUUUAAAAUCAUUUCAAUAAUAUCAUUGUAAAAUAAUAAAAUUUCAGAAA